AUGGAACAAUCCACAUCAAAGCCAUCUAGAGUUACGGGCACAAUUAACCCACGAACGAGUCGACAAAAACUUGUAUCUGGAUUGGCACUGCUCAAAUUAUCAGCGAAAAUUAUCCUCGCCAUCGGAUACAUCUACUUCGAAAUCUGGCUGUGGGGACUUAUCCGCCAGUUUUACAGUCAGCGCCAAACCGUGGAUCUAUUCUAUGCCAUAAUAGCCUUUGCCUUUUUCCCCAUCACAGCGCUCUACAAUGGACUUGGUUGGUAUGUUUGGGCCGUGUUCUGCAGCUGGCGUAGAGAGGUCGUCUCAGAAUCUGAAGCGGAAAGGGACAUGUUCAAUGUGAAUACUCGUCUCAUAAACCUCAGGUGUACCUUUGUUUCGGCGAUCCAUCUCUCGCUCAUUUCGCGACUAUCUCUUUGGAGUCAAAAUUUUCAGGCUGAUGGCAAGGCUAAAGAUGCAAAAAUUUGCACUUAUCUUGUUGUUUUCAUAGCAUUUGAGGUUCUCUUGGUGAUUAUGGACCUUGGUAACGCCCUUCAUGAUUACGUAUCGCAUGUUAAAGCGAGUGGUGGAGCAAGUUGCAAGGCCACAUUCUUGAAAAGUGAUGAGCAGGAGUCUGAGAGAUGA